CGCUUGCGCCAGUUGCUCGAGUGCGCGCGGGGAGUCUAGGUCUCGGGAACGCGCCAGGAGCGUCUCGGAGGCGGGAGCGCGCCUCGUAGAUGACAACAAAUUUGUCGCGCAGUGGCGGAGUCCGCCUCGCCGCCGUCGUCGGCCCUCUGGCUCUCGUGCGUACUCUCUCCGGACCGACAGAGCUCUUCGGAAGCCUCCGGCCUGGGGCGCCAGGUUUCGCUCAGCUACCCGUUCCCGCCGGGCCUAGUGUGAACGACGCGACGCGGGCCAUGGGGUCGCCUUGAGGGACGGCGGCACUGAACCGUCAUGCUGCGGCCACCGCGAACCUAGACGUCACCGCAGCCUGGGGACGCCGGCCGGACCCCGAGGUGCUGUCGCUGCCUGGACCCCAGGUCCGAUCCCGGAGUAGCCGCAGCGCGCAGCCCCGGCCCUCCCAGCCGCCAGCCUCACCAACAUGCCUUGGCCAUUUUCAGAGUCUAUCAAGAAGAGGGCCUGUCGGUACCUCCUGCAGAGGUACCUGGGCCACUUCUUGCAGGAGAAGCUGAGCCUGGAGCAGCUGAGUCUGGACUUGUACCAGGGCACCGGGUCGCUCGCCCAGGUCCCCUUGGACAAAUGGUGUCUCAAUGAAAUCCUGGAGUCAGCAGACGCACCUUUAGAAGUCACCGAAGGAUUCAUUCAGUCAAUUUCCCUGUCGGUUCCAUGGGGCUCCUUGCUGCAGGAUAAUUGUGCACUGGAAGUGAGAGGGCUAGAGAUGGUCUUCCGUCCUAGACCUCGUGUAGCAACUGGGUCUGAGCCUAUGUAUUGGUCCAGCUUCAUGACCAGCAGUAUGCAGCUGGCAAAGGAGUGUCUUAGCCAGAAGCUGACAGAUGAGCAAGGAGAAGCAUCCCAGCCUUUUGAAGGUCUGGAAAAGUUUGCGGAAACCAUCGAAACAGUACUAAGAAGAGUGAAAGUCACUUUUAUAGACACUGUGUUAAGAAUUGAACAUGUGCCAGAAAAUUCCAAAACUGGAGCUGCACUUGAAAUCCGAGUAGAGAGAACCGUGUACUGUGAUGAAACUGCUGACGAGUCCUCAGGCGUCAAUGUGCAUCAGCCCACAGCUUUUGCUCACAAAUUGCUGCAGCUCUCUGGAGUGUCUCUCUUCUGGGAUGAAUUUUCUGCUUCAACAAAAUCUUCCCCAGUGUGUUCAACUGCACCAGUGGAAACUGAGCCAAAGCUGUCACCUAGCUGGAACCCCAAAAUUGUUUAUGAGCCACACCCACAGCUAACUAGAACUUUACCAGAGAUAGCACCCUCGGAUCCAGUGCAGAUUGGAGGGCUAGUGGGCAGGCUGGAGUUGAGUCUCACUCUGAAACAGAAUGAAGUGCUUCCGGGAGCCAAGUUGGAUGUUGAUGGACAGAUAGAUUCCAUUCAUCUAUUCCUGUCGCCAAGGCAAGUACACCUGCUUUUGGAUAUGUUAGCAGCUAUUGCUGGACCAGAAAAUUCUAGCAAAAUAGGGUUAGCUAAUAAAGACAGGAAGAAUCGACCCAUGCAGCAGGAAGACGAGUAUCGAAUUCAGAUGGAAUUAAACCGAUAUUAUCUGAGGAAAGAUUCCCUGUCUAUGGGUGUAUCUUCAGAGAAGAGCUUCUAUGAGACAGAAACGGCUCGCACACCUUCUAGCCGUGAAGAAGAAGUUUUCUUCUCCAUGGCAGACAUGGACAUGUCUCACAGUCUGUCGUCUCUUCCACCCCUUGGGGACCCUCCACACAUGGACCUGGAGUUAUCCCUGACUAGUACAUAUACAAACACACCUGCAGGAUCACCGCUAAGUGCUACUGUGCUGCAGCCAACUUGGGGAGAGUUUGCGGACCAUAAAGAGCAGCCUGUGAGAGGGCCAGCAUUCCCAUCUGAUUUGGUCCACCCGGCGCCUUUACAAAAAGCAGCUCUCCCCUCUAGGUCUGUGUCAGUGGAUGAAUCCAGGCCUGAGUUCAUCUGUAGACUGGCUGUGGGCAUCUUCUCAGUCUCCGUGCUGCACAUCGAUCCUUUGUCUCCAGCGGAAACCUCUCCGAACGUCAAUCCAUUGACACCCAUGGCCGUUGCGUUCUUCUCUUGUAUAGAGAAGAUGGACCCAACCAGACUGUCGACAGAAGACUUUAAGGCUUUUCGAGCAGUCUUUGCAGAUGCUUGUUCACACGAUCACCUCAGAUUUAUAGGUACCGGCAUCAAAGUGUCCUAUGAGCAGAGACAAAGGUCGGCUUCCCGGCAUUUUAGCACUGACAUGUCCAUUGGGCAGAUGGAGUUUUUGGAGUGUCUGUUUCCAACGGAUUUUCAUUCUGUCCCUCCCCACUACACAGAGCUUCUAACGUUCCAUUCCAAAGACGGGACUGAUGGCCAUCUCCCCGUGUGUCUGCAGCUUCACUAUAAGCACUCUGAGACUAGAGGACCCCAGGGUAAUCAAGCAAGACUGAGUUCAGUUCCUCAGAAGGCAGAAUUACAAAUUAAAUUAAAUCCAGUGUGUUGUGAACUGGAUAUCAGUAUUGUGGAUAGGUUAAAUUCCUUGCUUCAACCACAGAAACUCACUACAGUAGAGAUGAUGGCGUCGCACAUGUAUGCAUCAUAUAAUAAACAUAUUAGUUUGCACAAGGCUUUCACUGAAGUGUUUCUAGAUGACACACACAGCCCUGCAAAUCGCCGGGUGUCUGUACAAGUCGCCACCCCAGCGCUGCAUCUUUCUGUUCGCUUCCCCAUUCCUGAUCUUCGGUCAGACCAGGAAAGAGGACCCUGGUUUAAGAAGUCUCUUCAGAAGGAGACCCUCCAUUUAGCAUUCACAGAUCUGGAGUCUAAGACGGAGUUUGUGGGAGGAUCCACCCCAGAACAAACUAAACUGGAACUGACUUUUAGAGAGCUAACUGGGUCAUUCCAGGAGGAGAAGGGAGAGCCAUCUGUCAAAUUUUUCCAUGUGUCUGGUGGAGUAGAUGGAGACACAGCCUCAUCAGAUGACUUUGACUGGCCACGAAUGGUACUGAAAAUAAAUCCACCAGCCAUGCAUUCCAUUUUGGAGAGAAUAGCAGCUGAAGAGGAGGAAGAGAAUGAUGGUCACUACCAGGAAGAGGAGGAAGGAGGGGCUCAUUCCCUGAAAGAUGUCUGUGACCUGAGGCGACCAGCCCCAUCUCCCUUUUCCUCUCGUAGAGUUAUGUUUGAGAAUGAGCAGAUGGUGAUGCCGGGAGACCCUGUAGAGAUGACAGAAUUUCAGGAUAAAGCCAUCAGCAAUUCUCACUAUGUGCUGGAACUUUUGCUACCAAAUAUCCACAUGACACUGCCCAAUAAAAGCUUUUACGAGAAGCUGUAUAACAGGAUCUUUAAUGACCUGCUUCUCUGGGAGCCAACAGCUCCUUCCCCAGUGGAGACACUUGAGAAUAUUUCCUACGGUGUUGGGCUUUCGGUAGCCAGUCAGCUGAUCAACACCUUCAGCAAAGACAGCUUCAGCCCCUUUAAGUCUGCAGUUCACUAUGAUGAAGACAGUGGAUCUGAAGAAGAGACUUUGCAGUAUUUUUCUGCUGUUGAUCCCAACUAUCGUUCCCGUAGGAAAAAAAAGUUGGACUCUCAGAACAAGAGCUCUCAGAGUUUCCUAUCAGUCCUUCUGAAUGUCAAUCAUGGAUUAAUGGCAGUGUUCACAGAUGUAAAGCAAGAGAAUGGAGAGCCGAUGGGAAAUAAGCAUGGUGAAUUCUGGUUAGAAUUCAACAGUGGCUCAUUAUUCUGUGUGACAAAAUACGAAGGUUUCGAUGACAAGCACUACAUCUGCCUGCAUUCCAGCAGCCUCAGUCUGUACCACAAAGGCAUAGUAGAUGGAGCCAUUCUCCCUACAGAGACACGCUUGCCCAGUUCAACGCGCCCACAUUGGUUGGAACCUACAAUUUAUUCCUCUGAAGAAGACGGCCUCAGCCGAGCCGCCUCUGACGGUGUUGGGGGAGACAAUUUGAAUAUGCUCUCGGUGGCUGUGAAGAUACUGUCUGAUAAAUCAGAGUCCAAUACAAAGGAGUUCCUUGUGGCUGUGGGGCUGAAAGGAGCCACUCUGCAGCACAGGAUGCUGCCCACCGGACUCAGCUGGCACGAGCAGAUUUUAAACUUCUUGAAUAUUGCUGAUGAACCUGUUUUGGGAUAUAACCCUCCAACUUCAUUUACAACUUUUCAUGUUCAUCUUUGGAGCUGUGCACUUGAUUACAGGCCCCUUCACCUGCCAAUCCGAUCCCUUCUUACUGUUGAGACGUUCAGCAUUUCUAGCAGUGUUGCCUUGGAUAAAUCUUCCUCCACUCUCAGAAUCAUCAUGGAUGAGGCUGCUUUACACCUGUCUGACAAGUGUAACACUGUCACUAUAAACCUGAAUAGAGAUUAUGUUCGUGUGAUGGACAUGGGACUUUUAGAGCUGACCAUAACUGCAGUGAAGUCAGAUUCUGAUGGAGAACAGACUGAGCCCCGCUUUGAGUUGCACUGUUCCAGUGAUGUCGUCCACAUCAGAACAUGCUCAGACUCAUGCGCCGCACUGAUGAAUCUCAUUCAGUAUGUCGCAAGUUACGGGGACUUACAUGCACCUAACAAAGCAGAAGUGAAGCCCGGAGUCCCACAGAGAAAGCCAAAGGUAGAUUCCAGUGGUCGAUCAUCUUCGCGUGGUCCGGUGCUUCCUGAAGCUGACCAGCAGAUUUUACGGGACCUGAUGAGUGACGCCAUGGAGGAGAUUGACAUGCAGCAGACCUCUGCCCCUGUCGGACCACAGACUAAUGGUGUCCUGGAUGAAAAGUCGCACACUCAGGAGCCAUGCUGUUCAGACCUCUUCUUGUUCCCAGACGAGAGUGGGAAUGUGUCCCAGGAGCCUAGCCCUGCUCAUGCCUCCCUCCCUCACCACUUGAUUAGUGACACAGGGACAGGAGCACCCACUGAAAAUGAUGACUUUUGCAUUCUUUUUGCACCAAAAGCAGCCAUCCAGGAGAAGGAAGAAGAGCCAGUGAUAAAGAUCAUGGUUGACGAUGCGAUUGUGAUAAGAGACGACUAUUUCAGUCUGCCCAUUACAAGGAUGGAUAGCAGCAAAGCCCCGCUUCACUUUCCCAUCCCGGCCAUUCGCUAUGUUGUUAAGGAAGUCUCGCUGGUGUGGCAUCUUUAUGGAGGCAAGGACUUUGCAACAGUCCCUCCUACUUCUCCAGCUAAGAGUUACAUUAGUCCCCAUAGCUCACCUUCUCAAACACCUACAAGGCAUGGACGUCAUACAGUCUGUGGGGGCAAAGGAAGGAACCAUGACUUUUUAAUGGAAAUACAAUUAAGCAAGGUGAAGUUUCAGCAUGAAGUCUACCCCCCGUGUAAGCCUGAGUGUGAGUCCAGCCUCCUAGAGCACCCGGUCUCCAGGCAGGUGUUCAUUGUUCAGGAUCUUGAAAUUCGGGAUCGGCUGGCAACAUCACAAAUGAACAAAUUUUUAUACCUGUACUGCAGCAAAGACAUGCCUCGUAAAGCUCAUUCCAACAUGUUGACAAUUAAAGCAUUACACGUCCGUCCGGAGUCUGGCAGGUUACCACAGGAGUGCUGUUUGAGAGUGUCACUGAUGCCACUUCGCCUCAAUAUCGACCAGGACGCCCUGUUCUUCCUCAAGGAUUUCUUCACAAGUCUUUCUACAGAAGUGGAGCUUCUGUUGACUCCAGAUCCAGAAGUUACAAAGUCUCCUGCAGCUGAUGUCACCUGCAGUUUGCCAAGGCAUCUGAGUACCUCAAAGGAGCCAAAUCUAGUAGUCCCUGGGCCCAAACAGCCUUCCCCAAACCAUAGUGCCAGUUCAGCGGAGGGGGCUAAUGGCCUGGAGGAGAAGGACUUCUCAGCCGAGGAAGCUUCAGUUAGAGACCAGCCUGUGUUUUUUAGAGAAUUCAGAUUCACAGCAGAAGUUCCUAUUCGGCUUGACUAUCACGGCAAACAUGUAUCAAUGGAUCAGGGAACACUGGCUGGGAUUUUGAUUGGCCUGGCUCAGUUGAACUGUUCAGAGCUGAAGCUGAAGAGGCUCUUCUAUAGGCAUGGUUUGCUAGGUAUUGACAAAUUGUUCUCAUAUGCAAUCACCGAAUGGCUUACUGACAUUAAGAAGAACCAACUACCAGGAAUCCUGGGAGGUGUUGGGCCUAUGCAUUCACUAGUUCAAUUAGUGCAAGGCCUGAAGGACUUGGUGUGGCUGCCGAUCGAGCAGUACCGGAAGGACGGUCGCAUCGUCAGAGGCUUCCAGAGAGGUGCUGCCUCCUUCGGGACCUCGACUGCAAUGGCUGCGCUAGAACUCACCAACAGAAUGGUUCAAACCAUACAGGCAGCGGCAGAGACUGCUUAUGACAUGGUGUCUCCGGGUACCCUUUCCAUUGAGCCCAAGAAGGCAAAGAGAUUUCCUCAUCACCGGUUAGCCCAUCAGCCAGUCGACCUGAGGGAAGGUGUGGCCAAGGCCUACAGUGUUGUAAAAGAGGGAAUUGCAGACACGGCUCAGACCAUUUAUGAGACGGCAGCUCGAGAACACGAGAGCAGAGGGGUCACUGGUGCUGUGGGUGAAGUCCUGCGCCAGAUCCCACCGGCAGUGGUCAAGCCCUUAAUUGUAGCCACCGAAGCCACAUCAAAUGUGUUAGGUGGCAUGAGAAACCAAAUCAGACCAGACGUUCGGCAGGACGAAUCGCAGAAGUGGCGCCAUGGGGAGGACUGACGUGUCCAGUGUGACUGCACAGUGUGGGGAGGGAGCUAAGAGCAGGCUGGCCUAGUGCAGCUUCCUAGAGAACGUGUUUAAUGUAUGUGCUCAUCUCAGGAACAAAAGCCGUCUUUAGUUAAAUAAUUUAAUGUCAAAACACAUGCAGCCAAAACCUUGUGACAUUUUAGAGCCUGGCACUUGCCUGCAGGAGUGGCUGGUCGCUGGUGUCAUGGUCAGUAGAGAUUUGCUGCCAUGUUGAAUGCUUUGCUUUCAUUAAAGUGACUGUAAUUGUACUUGUUACUGACAAGAUCUCAUUGGGAACAUCUUUGUAAACAGUGUUGAGUGCUUAAAAAAAAAAAAAAAGAAAGAAAAAAAGAUUGGAGCAAUUCCCAAAGCACCAGGGAGCACUCUUGUGGUUCUGGGGAGUUGAUUUCUCAGCUCACAGUUUCAACACUUCCGAUGCUGGUGAGAGAAGCCAUAGCGAGAGCAAAGCAGCCAGGGCUCCAGGGUCUGAUAAAGCAGGCCUCGACUCCCCAGGGACCACCUGCUCGGUCACCUGGAGAAAGUCACAGACAGGUCUGCCGAGCUGCACUUUAUCCUCUGUGCGUGGGGGUGUGUGUGCGUGUUUGUGCGUGUGUGUUUGUGUGGUGUAACACAGGUAUGCCAUGUUCUCUGUCAUUCACAAGGUUCCAUAAAUAUGGACAGAAGUGAAGAUGUCUCCGUUUGGGCAAAGAAAGGUAACCCAAAUGUAGUAUGUUUCUGUAUCCAAAUGCAAGUGAAAGUGUGUGCUCUGUGGUGGACUCUGUGUGUCCAUUGUUAAGUACAUAGUGCAGACUAUUAGGAAUGUGUGGCAAGGGACACUGGAAGUGGGCUUUAUCCUUAGAAAGUUAAAUAAAAAUACUCCAAAUAUGUACUAGUCAGCUAAUUCAAAGUACCAUUUUUACUUGGUUAAUAAUGUACAUUUUGAUAACAUGUCAGGAACGAAUAAAGUAUUUUUAUUUAAAGGUAAGACUGUUGUAUACUUCCAUGAAUGUUUUGUUUUUCUGAGAGUACAUUCAUUGAUGCAAUGUUACUAUUGAUGAUGGGAUAUUUGGAGACACAUCUCAGAACUGAUUGUAGUUGCUGCCACUCAGUGUUGAGGAGAAAGGGGUGAUUGUUUGCAAUCUGCCUAGGACUCAGCAGAAAAGCAGAACUUUGUAUUCAUCCCUGUUUGGAGUCACAUGCUGUCCCCUUUUGGUCUCUAAAGUAUUGGUGGGUAUCAGGGUGAACUAAAUGCCACAGCUGAGAUCUCAGUUUCACCCUCUGAAAGCUCUGAACAAGAAGGCAGUGCCAACCCCUAAUCCAAACUCUCGAGUUUCUAACAAUAGUGCUGUGUGUGUUUGCAGAAGCUUGAUUUCCUUUCACUGCUGUGAAACUUCAAAGAACAGGUCUCAGAGCAGCUGCUGGUGGCCUCAUGGGCCCUCACGGUGGGCUCUUCUGUACUUGUUAAGUGGAGCAGUGUCUGAUACGGCCCUGGGCAGACACUGUGGGUAGUAGUGGAAUUUGUCGCUGGGGCUGGCUAGGACCAUCUGUCCUUCUAAUGAAACAUGCAGUGUGUGUUACCUGUCGCAUUUGGUCAGACUUCACCCCACAUCCUUGGUUAUGUUUAAGGUCUGUGAGAGUGGUACCCAGAAGUAACAUCCCCUUUGCCCUCUGAGCUGUGUACAGCUCUCUCUUUUAACGAGGUAAAUGAAGCCAUGUAAGCAAGUGUCUCUAUGAUGUUAUCUCCUGCUUCUCCUUCUUGUCCUUCUGCACCUUGCCAGAGAUGUUGAUUUGGUCUCGAGGUCUGUGUGCAUUAUCGAGUCCCUGGUGGGGACUUGUAAGUUAUCUAUCUGUUGUGUUUUCUUUUGUGUUGUGAUGACAUGUAGCGUGUUGACAGGCUCCUUGGGUUCCCUCAUCUGCAGUUAUCAAGUAAAUGACUUCACUUGGCCAAGAUGUCUCACCUCACUCAUCCCCAGUGUCCCUCUGUAAGUGAAAAAGCUCCUUAGGGCGAAGUUUGUGUAAAUUUCUGGGCAGUUAGGUCACAGUGGCAUAAGCAGAAAUAAUGGUGUGUGCCUUCCUGCUCAGUAGAGUGCCCAGACCCAUGAUGUCAGGCUGGUGGCUAUGGACACUGUGGCUGUGCACACCACAGCAGCUGUGGGCUACUUCAGAUCUCUCUUCUUAGAGUGACACCUUCCUGAUCUGGCAACAUGCCUGCAUGGUUGAGUCUGGGUUGAUAAUUCUGACUGGAGUAGGCUGCAUGUGCCCACACAGAGUCCUCUACAGGAGUCAGGGAAGCAGGCUUGCUCAGGAUCACUCAGCUGGUCCAGACCCUGCCUGUGUUGCCUAUGGCAGCAGAGACUGAAGCAGUUGUCGAAUGGGACUGACUGGGAACCCCGACUUUUCCUGUCUGUCCUCACCCCCUGUUACUCUGAGCAGGGCAUACAUAGACAUAGCAGUAGGUUUCCAUUUUGAUGAGGUUUCCCACAAGAGUACAUAUAUUUGGGUAAUGUGGAUUCCCACUUAAGAGUACAUAUAUUUGUCAUCAGUAUUCUUAAAAUGUAAAAGUCACUGUAAGGAAAAAAAAAUCCAAGUAGCAAUGUUCGUAAGCACAGUAUCAGGGCCCAUCUGUCCUGCCUCCUGUCCUGUGUCACUUUGAAGGGCUACUGCAGGGUUCCUAUGGGACCCGUCAGCUGUGUCUGCUUCAGUGGCUAGCCAUCCAGAAGCCCUCACCCCUCCCUGGGUGUCCUGUGACUCGGGACUGGCACCUGAGUGUUUCCACCAUUGGGAUUGGAAGUGAGGAUUCUACCCUGCGAUUAAUGACUUUCAGGGUUAACCAUGGGUUGUCUUAAUUGAAAUGAUAUAUGCGUAAAACACUGCAUAAGAGACUUAGGCCACUCUGCUUUACUUCUGCCCGUGUUGAGUACAGUCCCUCCGAUUCCAGGCUUCUGAGGACAGUGGGAAACACUUCCUCCCUUCACAUCCCAUUGGGAAUGUAGAGUUCAAAGUCCCUUGGAAGGACUGAACACAGGGGUGAUAUCCUUCUGUCUGCAGCUGGACGGACCACUUAGUAUCAAAGUCAAAUACAUAUUUGCAUCUUGGGUUGAAAAGGAAGAUUAUUUGUACAGUGUAGAGAAGUGUACUGAUGAUUUCCUUUUCUUUUUAAUCAGGAAGUUUUAUUUUGGUUUACAGGAAGGUAUAGCCACUAUUCUUAUAAGAAUGCUAGGAUGUCACAUGUCAGCCUUUGUGUGGACAUUUUCAGGAUUGUACUGGGCACGCUUACCUUUGAGAGAUUCCAUGUGCACAGUUGCAGGUCAGCCAGAAAUUCUGAAUGAGAAAUCUUUGAGUCUUAGCGUUUCAUAUUUUGAAUCUCACCAUUUCCUGUAGGCAUAGGACUCGGAAGCCGACAUUGGCCUUCCCUAAGCAUCAUUGGGAUUGGGCAGUAAGCCUCGGGGUGCUGCCUGUCCACUGCAGUUUGGAAGAUGUGACUGUAUUGUCAGCUGCUCCCUUCCUCUUGGCACUGUGGGGCGAGGGCUGGCCUCUCCCUUCGCAAAGAUGUUUACUCAGCUGUCUCACGCGCACUUUGCUGGUUGGAAGUGUCUAGCCUUGUUUGUGUAGCCCAUUGGUCCCACUGGGCUGCUUGCGUUUUCAUGGAGUUUUUUAGGCACCAAGUUCAUCUUUUUCUGUGGACCCUCCUCGCCUGUCUCAGAUGUUAAACCACCUCACCACAUGGCCAUUGUCUUUGCUGAGAAUCCUGACUUUCCUGAUUAUGGCAACUCUGGAUGUAAAUAAGAAUAUUCCUCUGUACAAGUAUUUUUGUGAAAAAUGUAACUUGUUAGUGUGACUAUUUAAAAUACAAUGACGUUAACUUGUGAAAAAAUUAAAAUAUUUCCUCUUUGUUUUUUGCUUUAAA